GGGGAAUAGUACCACCCCAUUACCCGGACCACACUGAAUGAGACGUCGACUCAAGAGUAAAUUCAGAUAAGCACGCCGUGGCUGUUGGAUCAUCUGCCACCCACUAGGAUCCAGGCGCUUGAGUCCUAAAUGACAAGUGCCUGAGGAUGUCCAAGCGGAGCUUUUUUGUUCGCCUCGUGCCAUGCCGCUGCUUGCGGGGCGAGGAGGAGGCCGUGACAUCGCUGGACUACUCCCACUGCAGCCUGGAGACGGUUCCCAAGGAGAUCUUCAACUUCGAGAAGACCCUGCAGGAACUCUACCUCGACGCCAACCAGAUCGAGGAGCUGCCUAAACAACUGUUCAACUGCCAGUUACUCCACCGGCUGAGCAUGCCAGAUAAUGACGUAGCGGUGUUGCCGGCGGCCAUCGCCAACCUGGUCAAUCUCAGGGAGCUCGAUGUCAGCAAAAACAGUAUCCAGGAGUUCCCGGAAAACAUCAAGAAUUGCAAAGUUCUGGCGAUCGUAGAAGCCAGUGUGAAUCCCAUAACCAAGCUCCCAGACGGAUUCACUCAGCUUCUGAGUCUGACGCAGCUCUACCUGAACGAUGCCUUCCUGGAGUUCUUACCGGCCAGCUUCGGCAGGUUGACUAAACUACAGAUCUUGGAGCUGAGGGAGAACCAGCUAAAGAUGUUGCCAAAGAGCAUGCAGAAGCUCUCGCAGCUGGAAAGGUUGGACCUGGGGAGUAACGAGUUCACUGAAGUGCCUGAGGUGUUGGAGCAGCUGUCUGGAAUCAAGGAGCUGUGGAUCGACGGGAACAGACUGACGUUUUUACCCGGGAUGCUGGGGACGCUGAAACAGCUGGUGUACCUGGACGUGUCCAAGAACAACCUGGAGAUGGUGGACGAGCAGAUCUGCGGCUGCGAGAGUCUGCAGGACCUGCUGCUCUCCAACAACGCGCUCACACAGCUGCCGGGCUCCAUCGGCUCACUGAAGAAGCUGACUGCGCUGAAGGUGGAUGAGAACCAGCUGAUGUACUUGCCGGACUCGGUUGGAGGACUGGCCUCUCUGGACGAGCUGGACUGCAGCUUCAACGAGAUCGAGGCCUUGCCCUCCUCCAUCGGCCAGUGCGCCAGCAUCCGCACCUUUGCCGCAGAUCACAACUUCCUCAGCCAGCUUCCCCCCGAGAUGGGCAACUGGAAGAACGCGACCGUGCUGUUCCUGCACUCCAACAAGCUGGAGUCUUUGCCCGAGGAGAUGGGGGACAUGCAGAAGCUGAAGGUCAUCAAUCUCAGCAACAACAAGUUGAGAAAUCUUCCCUACAGCUUCACUAAACUGAACCAGAUGACUGCAAUGUGGCUGUCAGAAAAUCAGUCGAAGCCCCUGAUCCCUCUCCAGAAAGAGGAGGACCCAGAGACGGGAAAAACCAUGCUGACCAACUACAUGUUCCCCCAGCAGACCAGGACUGAGGAAUACAUCCCCAGCUCGGACUCUGAGAGCUUCAACCCGGCUCUGUGGGAGGAGCAGCGCAAGCAGCGAGCUCAGGUGGCCUUCGAGUGUGACGAGGACAAGGACGAGAGAGAAACGCCCCCCAGGGAGGGGAACCUGAAGCGCUACCCUACACCGUACCCGGACGAGCUGAAGAACAUGGUGAAGACGGCCCAGUCCGUGGCUCACCGGCUGAAGGAGGACGAGUCCGGAGACGAGUCGGGGAAGGAUGCGAAACCCCCCGAGAGGAACCACAUUGGGGUGCAGGACGUGGGCGUUAAGGUGAUCGAGGCUCCCUGUGCUAAUGGCACGGCAUCGGACAUGGACUCCCAAAUAUCCUGCAACACGUAUUCCCAAAGCCCCUCUGCGACGGAAACAAAGGACACGGAGUCUUACAGCGCUCAGAGAAUCCCUCUGAAGUCAUCAGGGGGCCCCAUGAUGAACCACGAGGACACGCUGGAGGAUUCUGACGAGCUGUCCGACGAAGAGGCGGAGAUGAAGAUUGCAGAGAUGAGACCCCCUCUUAUUGAGAUCUCCAUCAACCAGCCUAAAGUAGUGACUUUGAGUAAGGACAAAAAAGACGACGCCGACUCUUUGCUGGACGACGCCGUCGCCAACAGCAACCAGAACAACAGCAACUGUUCGUCGCCGUCGCGCAUGUCCGACUCGGUGUCCCUGACCACGGACAGCAGUCAGGACAACUCGCUGUGCACCCCCGAGCGGGAGGCGAAGAUGCCCUUCCUCCCGAAAAGCAGGCAAGAGGACGAGAACAUGAACCAGCCCAAGGACACCACCCCUCUCCUCCACAACGGCAACGGCUCCGAGACGUCCCUUCCGUCCCUUUUGAAGAGCCAGCAGACUCCGACAAACAAAAUGGGGGACUACGACCUGUCGCUGGAAGCCCGGCUGGCCUUCAUCGAGAAGCGGUUCAACAACGGCACGGGCGAGUCCUACACCAAGUGGGACCAGAUCAACAUGAACGUGUCCAAGCCGCCGACCGACAACAUGGUCCGGCCGGACGAGGUGGACAAGACCGAGAACGUCUCCGUCCACCAGGGCCCGGACGGCAGGCGGGCUUUCAGCAACCACAACACGGAGGAGCGCUUCCUGAACGGGAACCAGCCGAGCGAGACCAGAGUGGCCUCCGCCGGCGUGACGGCCGGCGGCGACGCGUCCCUGUCCCGCAGCACCGAGGAGCUGUCCCCGGAUAAAAGGCGCCACGCCCCCCCGCAGGUGGCGAAGUGCCACAGCGUCGGCAACAUAGAGGCGGGAGGCAUGAAGGUGUACUCCUUCGACGGGGACGAGGACUCUGCGGCCAGGAUGGCGGGGGCGGCGCCGCAGCCGCUGCCGCCGCCGGGGGCUCAGGGCCAGAGCAUCGUCCGCAGCAGGUCCGCCAGUCAGCUGCUCAACGACCAGGCUCUCCAGAUCUACCCGGGCUCCUCGGCGUCGUCCUCGGACCUGCUCUGCUCCUCCAAGCCCCCCGCCAGCACCGGCAGGUACCCGGUCUCCUCCAGCAUGGCCAUGGGCAUCCCCCCCCCGCAGUACAACAUACAGUACGCCAGCAGCGGCGUGCCUAAGGAGGGCCUCUGGUCCCAGAGGACCCCCGUGCCCCCCGAGCACCAAGGUUACCCCCCCCCUCCUCCUCCUCACUCGCUAGCCAACACAAACUACUCCAACCGCAACCAAGCACCUCCGUACCCCCAGCAAAGGGGGCCCCCAGCGGCUCCCAUGCCCCCCGGGGACAUGUGGACCAGGGAGAGGCUUCCCUCCGCCGGGGGCCAGGCCCGGAGCAGCACCCUGCAGAGGCAGAGCAGCUCGGCCUCCACGGCCUCCGUGGGCGACCCGAGGCGCGUGCAGCUGCCCGACGACUACAUGACGUACAGGGACAUCCACACCCUCGCCAGGGGCCCGCUGGCCAUGAGCCACGCCAUGCAGAGGCCGCUGUCGGCCCGCACCUACAGCAUCGACGCGCCGGGGGCCUCGCGGCCCGCCCUCUGCUCCAGGCCGCCGCCCCACGAGCUCCCGGAGAGGACCAUGUCCGUCAGCGACUUCAGCUACCAGCAGAGCAGCCCGAGCAAGAGGCCCAACGCCCGGGUGAAGUCGGAGCACUCGCUGCUGGACGGGCCGGGGGGGGGCGUCGGGGCAGGGAGGGUGCCGUCGGACUGGCGGGACCAGGUGAUGCGGCACAUCGAGGCCAAGAAAAUGGAAAAGAACGCGCUGUCUCGCUCCUAUAACCCCGGUAGCGCCUCGCUGAGCCGGUCUCACUACGGCAGCUGUAGGGACAUGCAUGCCAGCCAAGGGUCCCUGGUCUUUAGUGCCAGGGACGGAGCGCCCUACGGAGCCGGGGGCUUCUGCGACGACGUGUUUCCACCAGGGCAGCAGAGCUACACCAUGGAUCACAGAAAAGUGCCUUUGAUGAACGGCCAGACGGGCCCCCCCGCUCGGCCUCAGGUGAGCCAGGCGACCAUGGCCCGCCACCCGUCCAGGGAGCAGCUCAUCGACUACCUGAUGCUCAAAGUCUCCCACCAGCCGCCGGGGCCCCCGCGCGUCCCGACCGACGCGCUGCAGCAAGAGAUCCGUGUGAAAGUGGAGAAGAACCCAGAGCUGGGCUUCAGUAUAUCGGGAGGAGUGGGCGGCCGGGGGAAUCCCUUCCGACCCGAUGACAAUGGCAUAUUUGUGACGAGGGUUCAACCUGACGGGCCGGCGUCCAUCAUCCUGCAGCCUGGAGAUAAAAUCCUGCAGGCGAAUGGAUAUAGCUUUGUGAAUAUCGAUCACCUGCACGCAGUGUCCCUCCUGAAAACGUUUCCAAACACUGUGGACAUGAUUAUCGUAAGAGAAGCGGCAGCUUAGACUCCCCCCCCCCCCCCCCCCCCCCCCGUCCACAGGACAGGGAUGGUGACUCUGAUAUUUUUAUAAGCGGAGGCGGCCGACCUGGUGAAACGCGAUGGGACUAUUUUCAGUAGAGAUCUUUGUAGCCUUGAUUUAAACGGAGAAAACCACUGAAUGUAGUGGAUUCAAGUGGCAAGUCCUCAAAAGGCCAUCACUGUGGUAUAUAUAUUUUUAUACAAAAGAAGCUGAAAAUGUGACCUGCUCUGAUGCAAGAAGUUACUGUGGUCUCUGUACAGAUCUUUUUUUUUUUUCUUAUACCCUUUAUCAUAAACAAGGUUUUUAUUUCCUCGGAUUGACGCAUGAAUUGACCACUAGGGGGCAGAACUCUUGUCCCCUCUGUCAUCCAAUUUGCCUAUUUUUUUUUUUUUUCUUU